UCUGGAUUUUCCCUCCUUGCCCUUGGUUUUGUUCCCAGGAAGCGAGAAGAAGAACACAGGCGCCGAGAGGCGGAGCAGCAGAAAGGGGGGCUGAGCGCAGAUUCCUGCAGGCCCCACGCCGCCCUCUGCCUGCCCAGCACCCGAGCCGAGCCCCACGGACAGAGCCGGGCCCCCAGCAGACAGCCCCCCUGCAGCGACGAGGCCCAAGGCCCUGAGCGGAGAGCCUGCAGACGGUCUCCAGGUAGAGGGUCUCCAAGCAGAGCCCCCCAGAAGGAGCCGCAGCUCUGCCCGGACUUGCAGAGAACAGAACCCAGAAAACCAAAUGAAACAGCCAGAGAACACUCUAGAGGCCGACCUGCCUGUGUCCACUUCAGCCCCAGCGAAGGCGGUGCUGGGGACAGGUGUCUGGGAGCCUCCGCUGCCGGGAAGCCCAGAGGUGAGACGGCUGCUGAGCCGCGCGGCGACGAGGGGAGAGGCUCCUGCAAGCAGCUGUCCCGCGUGCGGACGGCCGGGCCCGCCGCGGAAGGCGAGGAGCGCAGCCGGCGGCCUGAGGCAGCCCCCAAGGCCGCGCGCUUGCCGCCGAAGAGGCGCGGCCAGGAGCUCAGAGGAGGGAGGCGCUCCCCGGCCGGGUCCAGCAGGCCCGGCAGUGCCAAGGGGGAGGCGGUCCACGCCGGGCAGAGCCCCCCCAACCACCGGACGCCAAGGACCACGGUGACCCAGGACAAGCUCGCAGGAGGGGCCUCCUCAGAUCUGCCUCCGAGCACAGAGGUGUUGCGAUCAGGAGUCAGAAAGCUGGGGGCAUCGGCCCGGUCUGAGGACACUCGGCUGCCCACGGAGACCGAUCCGGCUCCCGGGGCCCUCCCUGCGCAGGCUGUGAACAUCGCCCUUCUCCCUGUAGAGCUGCGGCUGCAGAUCAUCCAGAGAGAAAGAAGCAGGAAGGAGCUGUUCCGCAGGAAGAACAGGGCCGCGGCGGUCGUCCAGCGGGCCUGGAGGAGCUACCAGCUCAGGAAGCACCUGUCACACCUCCUGCACUUGAAGCGGCUCGGAGCCAGAGACAUGGACAGAUGGAACCGAGAGUGCCUGGCUUUGAUCCUCCAGGUUUGGAGGAGGGAGCUGGAACUGAAACCCCCGAAGACCAUGGCAGUAAGCAAGACCACCAAGAGCCCACCCAAGGGCAGCUCGGGCGGCAAGCCCAGCAGGCACUCAGCGCUCAAGCAGAUCUACGGUUCUCAAGAAGGGAGAGUGCGCCAGCCCACAAGGUCUUCAAAAGCCCCCUCUGUGCUGGGUCUCAGCUCAGUGAGCAACUUGCAGUGUCUUCACCUCCUUGAGAACAGUGGAAGAUCACAGAAUUUUUCUUACAACCUGCAAUCAGCUAAGCCAUCAAGAAACAAACUAAAGCUUCGACUGCCUAAGGAGGGAGACUGUGCCCGGGGGGCUCGAAUAGCCAGUGCAGACUUCAAGUUCUCGGAUUAGCUUUCACACUUUAGGCAGCUUUAAUAUCCCAAAGCCUUAUUAGCCUGACUGUGUGGCAGCAAGGGGAAAGGAAAUGUGUCUUCCUCCUGCUCCACACAGCGCUGCCUGUGAACCCUUCACCUGUUCUGCAAGGACCAGGGUGGUCCAUGCGUGCGCAGGGCUGCCCGCCCGCCUCCACGUCGGCGGGGCUGGGAAAGAAGACCGUGUAACAGCGAGUCUCCGCAGAACUGAGAAGCGAGCACUGAGGACGCUGCUGGGUCGGGGUGUCUGCCUGCCGGCGGGUGCAAGCCUGCUUUGCUGACUCCAGUCUGAAGAACCUAAAUGAGAUGGCUCACUUGAUGUGAGCCUGGCCCACAGCAAGUGCCUUCAGCUCACGACUUUUCUGGAAUCAAAUGCAAUGGACUUCAUUACAGACACCACAUCCAGAGUCGUGGCCCAGUGUUUGCUUUGAGAAAUUCUAAGACUGUACUAGGUAUACUGUUGAUGGCUUACAUUUUACAGUUUCCGUGUCAGACUCUGAAGGCCAUAGGCUGCGGCCACGUCCUCUGUGAACUGUGUUCCUUCUGCUGAGCGCCGGCGGCUGCGCCUCAGCACCGAGGCCUCGAGUCGGCAGGCCCACAGACCAGAUCACGCGGGCACAGGCUGCCAGUUCGGGCCUUAACCUCCUCCUCCUUUUCUGCCUGACCUGCGGAGGUGAGCCGUCCUGUCAAAUUGCCAUUCCUCUGGCACUGUGCAAACUAUGCAUUCCAGCUCUUGAAGAACAUCUGGUUUAAAUAAAAUCAGUGAUUAUGGGCUUCUUCAUCUUUUAAGGGCAAAGCUACUAGGAAUGAAACAAUGACAUAUUAGGCUCACAAGUAUUUCUAGGACUGCUUACGUUUUAAGAUCACUGCCACCCCUGUCCUGACAGUGAGAGACUGGAAACAAUAAAGUGUUAAACACUUGGA